GAACAGGUAGGCUGUUAGAUGUUUGAUAACAUGUGAAGUACGCCAGCCAGUUUUUCUCCAUGUGUCUUUUCUUGGAGUGUGUGUGUGUGUCUCUCGUUGGAAUCUCUACACUGAUCAAGAGGCAAACAACUGAUAAUUAAGAAGUGAGUCAACACAGAGCUGAAUUCAUCAUCCAGCGCAAUCAUCCCUGCAGGAGGUGAAAUGAUAUUGCAGCAACAAUGGAUAAACAUGAAGCUUUCUGCAGGAAAAAAGUGUCCAGAAUUCUCCUUCGACCAUGCCUAAAAUCACUUAGUCCAAUUAAAAUUUGUGCUUGAUGUGAAAACAGCAACAACAAUUCUUAAACAGCUUGUGGACAGUUUGUUUUCCAUGAUUUUUCGGAUAAGCAGAUUGUAAAUAUUUCCUUCCUUCACGAGUCUCACAUUGUUGAACUGGUGUGUAAUUUGAAAACAAGAUAAUCAUUUCCAAACAAUCAUUAUAGGAUUGUGUUGAAAAAUGUGGCCUCCAAUUAUCAACGGAACAAGUUGACCUUGAACAAAAGUGCAAGAUAUCGACAUAUACACCACUGAAUAAAAAACAAUUCUAAAAUUAUUUUUUAAAGGUAUUGUGAUGUGAUAUUAAAUAAACCCCCAUAAACUGUUGUUAAAAAGGAAAAAAACAAACAUUGCCAAACAUUUGUGGAUUUGCUUGUAGUGUGGUCUAAAAAACCAAAACAAUGAUUGCCAAUAAGUCUAAGAAUGAGUGACGCCAGAGCACCGUGAUGCAAUGAUGUCCGAACAGUCCUGUUCAAUUCACGGAUUAUACUUUACCAUCUCCUUGGUGGGAGUCGUACUGUGGAGCAGCUACAUACCAGCUGCUGGAACACGUCCACUCAGAUACAUGUUGCCUGGAUUUCUCGACACGCCAGCCAACAUCACGAUCAAACGUGGGGACGAAGCGGUACUACCAUGUGCCGUGGAAAACCUCGGACCAAAGUCUGUCAUAUGGAAAAAGGUGACCCAAGCUCAUCCGAUAACUAUUGGUGAAUAUGUGUUUGUGCCAGACAGUCGGUUUUACCUGAGACGCCCACGGACCCAGCUAGCCAGCCCCGAGUGGAACCUACAUAUCCGAGAUGUACAGAUGAAGCAUGCCGGGGUUUACGAGUGUCAGAUCAGUGCAAAAGAAGAUAUAGUCCGCUAUAUCACACUCAAUGUCAUAGAAACGGGUGAAACUGCAAAAACAGGAAUCAGUUUAUCUGGGACCCGAUACGUGGAAAAAGGGACGUCAAUAAAACUGAACUGUACUGCAGUGGCCAAGGACUACCUCCCCGAAGAUGUCGACUGGUUUAAAGAUGGCCUGAAACUGCGCAGUAAUCGCAGGGUCGCCAUCUCAAAGUUGCCAAACCGAAAGACCUUUACGUUACAUAGCAUGUUAGAGAUUAGACGGAGCAAUAUGAGCGAUGCGGGAACCUACGUUUGUCGCAGUUCUAAUAUCCACAUAGCCAGUCUCAAAGUGAUCGUCCUCAACGCAGAGACAUCCAAUGUAAAGCGUGGAUAUAUUCGGCUGUAUGGGAAGGGCACAUUUCCAAAUGGAAAAGAUGAAGAUGGAACAAAUAAGAAAACGGCGGGUAUGGGUGGUGUUUCAUCUUCACAAAACUUUCACAACAAUGUGGUGCUACAUUUAUUGACUAGUUUUGUCUGUACGCUGCUAGCCUCGUAUCAGAUCACGUAGCCAAGUGAGAGUUGAAAGACCUUUUCAAGUAAAGCCAGAAAGUGCAUUCAAGGGAGCAAACUCUUGUCAAAUGGCCAAAGUGGAUCAGAGUUGUUGUUCUUUAUGGACUGGUUCAGUAAGAGUUGCACCACAAAAUGGGUACAUAUUUUGAAUUCUGUACAUAAAAUAUGUUUUGUACAAAUAGAUAAUUUUUUGUAUGUGAUGUAUGUGGCACAAGAGGAAUGAGCUAGUCCUCACAGAAAAAUAACAUAAAACAGGAUUAAUGAGCAGUUGGCUCCAGCCACAUUACAUCAGUAAAAGUUAACACAAGCCAGUAACGGAGAAUUAGGAUUAAUGAGCAGUUGGCUCCAGCCACAUUACAUCAGUAAAAGUUAACACAAGCCAGUAACGGAGAAUUAGGCUCCAUAGCAAUGUAAAUCCUUGUAAAAAAAAAACCCAGACACACUGAUGUUUAUGAAAAGAAAAGUUCAUGAUCUAACGUGAGGUUGUGAAGUAUCAUGAGGGUUGUGAGUUUGUCAAUAUACUUAAAGUGUCACAUUUGACAUGCAAGACUAAAACAUACUGUGGAGCAAUACAGCUAGAUGCAUGAUGUCAAGUGUCACUUGUUAGCAUGUAAACUACAGUGUAUUCUGAAUUUGAUGUAUCAUUUGUUGAGGUUGUCUGGUGACACAUAAUUAAGAACAGUAAGGUUGGCAUUUGUGAGAUUGUAAAAUAAUAUACUGAAUCUAAUGUCAAUAGUUAAAACUGCCAAGUAGUAAGUGAGAUUGCUAAGCAUUACAGAAUCUGAAGUGAGACUUGUCAAGUAUAUCAAAGUGUCAUUUGUGAGAUUGCUAAGUAUACUAAAGAAUCUGAUGUGUUACUUACUUGUGAGAUUGUGAAGUAUACUAAAGUGUCACUUGUGAUAUUGUUAAGUAGACGGAAUAUGAUGUGUCACUCGUGACAUUGUCAAGUAUACUAAAGUGUCACAGGUGAGAGCGUAAAGUAUACAGCAUCUGAUGAGUCACUUGUGAGAUUAUGAAGUAUAUAUACAGAGUCUGAUGUGUCAUUGGUUAAAAUUGUCAAGUAUAUUAAAGUGGCACUUGCAAGAUAGUGAGACUGUCAAGUAUAGAGGAUCUGGCGUGUCACUUAUGUGAUUGUCAAAUAUACUACAGGAUCUGAAAUGUCAUUUGUGAACAGUGAAUAACAUAAUAUUUUCAGCAGUUUUGUAGUUUAGGGGAUGAGCUGAAUGAACUUUGUUCUGGUAAACACACUGUGGACAUCCAACUGAAACCCCCCAGAACUCUUACAUACAUGUAUACUCAUUUCGCAAAAAAAUCAUUAUCACAACAAGUGACAAAAUAGGGCUUGUAGAGGAAAGAUCACAGAGAUUUGUAUGCCAUCAAACAUGGCAUGAUGUCCAUACAUGGUUUUGUUACAAGUACAAGCUGAUACAAACAAAUGAACACAUCAGUCAUCAGCAGCAUGGAAAGCAACUAUCAGUAUGUCUUGGACACAUCCACCAGAGAAUCUUGGAGAAUGUGCUCAAGACAAUCGUGCUUGAAUCUUCAUUGGAUGUAAGCAUGAGUCAAAUGGUUGACUGAACUAUCCGUAACAGGCCAGUACAAGUUUUCUUAAAACUAGCCAGUGACCCCAACAUUUCAGGAUGAAGACUCUUAAUGGAAACAAAAUCUUGCAGCAAUAUUUUAGAAGGAAGCAAGCAUUCGUGUAAAGAAGAUGUCUGAAUAAUAUCAACAGGUCAGAAGCAGGACUUGGUGUCAAGAAAUUCUGCAAAGAGAUCACCGUGGCAACAGCAGAAGUUGAGAAGAAUAGAGUGUCAAGAGAUUCUGUUUUUUAACAGCAGCAACAUUUCAGAACAAAGACUCUUGGAAACUCUUACAUUUCAGAAGCUAAAAUACUCACAUGCCUGUAUAUCUGUUGGAAGUGAUUUAGAAAAUUGAUAAUGUACUUGCUGUCGAGAGAAAUGUAGCUACAGCUGGAAGUUAGGUUUAAUAAUGGAGGGUCAAAAUUUACAAAGCUUGUUUGGGUUUUUUUUUAAUGCAGGUGUUUAGCAUUGUAAAUAUAUGUGAUUACAUGCAUGUAAAUAAAAAAACAGGCUUUGUAAAUUUGACCUUGAAUGUCUGAUGGCAAAAAGAACAUUGAAACGGUUCCAAGCACGUAAGGCAUCUGAACAAAAAUAGUGACCAGAAAUAUAUUUAUUUAUAUAGUCCCCUGUAUUGACAUUUGCAAGCGUGACAGUACUGUCAUAUUGGUUUAAAACUGUGGUUUCGACAUGUUACAAUACCAAUUAAAGAAAACAAGAUCAUGGAUAUUUGGCAAUAAUUAAAAAAUUUGACAUUAUUAUUAUUUUUUCAAUAAAUCCUGCUCUUUUUCAUCCAUUUUAAAGCAAACAUGAUAAUCAUUUCAAUUUUAUUUAUUAAUGACAUCUAUAUACAUGAAAAUUGUAUUUAUUAUCUGUUGCGAAUAGCAAAAUUAAAUGUUCAUAAACUUUUAAACACUGCCAAAAUUUUCUUUUAAUUCUGCCUCGAGCAGAUAUCAUUUUGAAAUUAAUAUUGAUUUUGUUAUUUGAAUAAAAAACGCAGCCUAUAAUAUUGGAGCUAAAUUUCAAUGACGUCAUUUUUUACUGUACAGGUGUGUGUACAGGUGUGUGUACAGGUAUGUGUAGCAGGAACUAAGCCAUAUGAAUUAUUAUUAUAAUAAUGGCAUAUAUAGAACUUAAAUUGAUGGCCCAUUUCAUCAAUCAUAAUAUAACUCCACACAGGAAAGUGAAGGUGAACAUGAUUGCUGGAUACUCUAUAACAUGUAAUAUGUAUCUAUGGUGAUGUGUUUUAUUUAAUUUGCGAUGUUCAUAUGUGCAAUAUUUAUAUAUUAAAUGUGUUGUCAUGAAUUAACAACUCAGGAGAUAGUGUUUAAUAAAUUAACUUCAGCCUUUGGUUGUCUUUGUACCAUGUUAUGUUGACACUAUUCCCAUAGCAAUAAACAUAUUAACAAUCGAACCUAUAUAUAAACCAUGAAUAUCUGGAACCUAUAGACACACAAAAACUGUUAAUUAUCAUCAAAAUAAAGUAUAAAUAUAGGAUUCGUCACAAGUGUUUUUUUGAUAUGGAAAAUAUCAACUGAGUCUAAUGUUAAUCGGUAUUUGUCGAGGCUCUGUCGAGGCAAAUACCGAUUAACUAGACAUGAUUGAAAUUUUACAUAUUAAAAAACAUGAGUAGCAAACUCUAUUUACCCUAUAAUACUCAUAAAAUAACAUUUUAAUUGGAUUUUUAGUAAUUCUCGGUACUGAAGUCGUCUCCAUCUCUAAUAUGACGUCAUCACGAUUUGCACAAAUUCGUUUGACAUUUUAACUAAAUCUUAUGAAAAUGUUAUGCUCAGUAUAUAUAUACAUGUAUAUAGGUCUUGUUGGCUUAU